CCUUUCAGGGCUCUCCGAAGAACACCACAAAAUCUCCGAAUCAGUUGAAAUUCAAGCAGUAGAAGCAAUUUUCAAUCUUCAGCGUCCAGAGAAUCGUUCAAUUCUCACUCGAAACAGGUCAGAAUGUCUCUGAUUCCAAGCUUUUUCGGUAACCGCCGCAGCAACAUCUUCGAUCCAUUCUCCUUGGAUCUUUGGGAUCCGUUCGAGGGACUCCCCUUCCAAAAUUCGUCCUCGGCUCGGGAGACCACCGCCAUAGCCAACGCUCGCAUCGACUGGAAGGAGACGCCGGAAUCGCAUGUCUUCAAGGUCGAUGUUCCUGGAUUGAAGAAGGAGGAGGUCAAGGUUGAGGUGGAGGACGGCUCGAUUCUGCAGAUUAGCGGCGAGAGAAGCAAGGAGCAGGAGGAGAAGAACGAUAAGUGGCAUCGCGUGGAGAGAAGCAGCGGCCAGUUCCUCCGCCGCUUCAGGCUGCCGGAAAAUGCGAAGCUGGAUAAUGUGAAGGCGGCGAUGGAGAACGGUGUUCUGACGGUUACUGUGCCUAAAGAGGAAGCGAAGAAGCCGGACGUCAAAGCCAUUGACAUCUCCGGUUAACUCUGUCCUCUUCUUAUACACAUACAAUUUCGUGCUCCUUAGUUCCAUUUCUGUUGCUCGUUUUCGAUGUGUUGCUUGAAUAAUGUCUACUGUGUCUCUGUAAUUGGAUUGAUGCGCUGAGUGUUGCAUUGUGAAGUUUGUGUUGCUGAACAAGUAUAAAUUUCUUAA